AUGGAUCAAAACCACCAAAAAAUGACAGCAGAAGAAGCACUUCAAUUAAUUAUUGACGCAAAUUUAACUGUCAAUCAAUAUUUGAAGAUUUGUGCAAAGAUUAAACUGUGUUGUGGACUGAUACUUCCUUCAUAUGCUGAUGUUUCAAAAGAGAAGAAGAAGUGUCACCCAGAAGGCAUUCUGGUGACUUCUCAGAAAGCUGAAGUUCCUGUCAACGAACUUGUGAAACAUACAGCACGUCGCAUCUUUGCUAAGGAACAGAAGGAUUUGAAUAUUGAAAUCAAAAAUGAUAUCACCAAACAAAUGGAGAUGACAGAACCUUUGACUGUUGUUUUGUCUGAUGGAAAUGCAAUUUCAAUUUCAAUGCAUUGUUAG